UUUUCUGUUCUUUUGUUUGGUUUUGUCUGUGUCCGUGUUUGAAAAUAUGGGACAGUCCUUAAUUACCCCUUUGAGUCUAACUUUACAGCACUGGAGGGACGUCCAGGACAUUGCGAACAACCAGUCCGUGGAAGUCCGAAAAAGGCGUUAGGUCACUUUCUGUUCGUCUGAAUGGCCCACGUUUAACGUGGGCUGGCCGAGGGAUGGUACAUCCGACCUUACUAUUAUUUCACAGGUCAAAGCCAAAGUGAUGGACCCCGGCCCUCAUGGGCACCCAGACCAAGUUGCCUACAUCGUGACUUGGGAGGCAAUGGCAUAUGAUCCACCACCAUGGGUUAAGCCUUUUGUCCCUCCCAAACCCCCACUUCCUCCGUCUGCUCCCUCCUUACCCCCUCCACUCCUCCCCACUCCAACAGGACCCCCAUCCCGCUCAUCUCUAUAUCCGACUCUUACUGACCCCUCAAAAAUCAAACCUCCUCCUCCGCAGGUUCUGCCCGCGGGGGAUGACCUAUUGGUAGACCUCCUCACGGAGGACCCCCCUCCCUACCGAGAACAGGCCCUCCCGCCUCAGGAGGCCGACUCGACCGAUGAAAACGAGGGGCCUGCCGCGCCAUCUCCCGCUGCCCCGUCCCCCAUGGCAGCCCGCUUAAGGGGACGGCGAGACCAGCAGCUGGCCGCGGAUUCUACUUCCUCUCAGGCAUUCCCUCUCCGGACCGGAGGAAAUGGCCAACUACAAUACUGGCCGUUCUCCUCCUCCGACCUAUAUAACUGGAAAAAUAACAAUCCCUCUUUUUCUGAAGACCCAGUUAGGCUGACUGCUCUAAUUGAGUCGGUCCUGAUUACUCAUCAGCCCACCUGGGAUGAUUGCCAACAAUUACUGCAGACUUUGCUGACUUCGGAGGAGAAGCAGAGAGUCCUCCUGGAGGCUCGAAAGGCGGUUCGGGGAACAGACGGACGUCCCACCCAGCUGCCUAAUGAAAUAGAUGCCGCUUUUCCCUUCGAACGUUCCAACUGGGACUUCACCACCCAGGAAGGUAGGAAUCACCUAAUUCUCUAUCGCCAGUUGCUCAUAGCGGGUCUCCAUGGGGCAGGCCGACGCCCCACCAACCUGGCUAAAGUUAAACAGGUAUUGCAGGGACCAGGAGAAACUCCCUCAGCGUUCUUAGAGCGACUCAAAGAAGCCUAUCGUAGAUACACCCCUUAUGACCCAGAAGAUCCAGGGCAAGAAACUAGCGUAGCUAUGUUUUGGCAAUCUGCUCCGGAUAUCAAACGCAGACUCGAGUGCCUAGAAAACUUAAGGGAGAGUUCGCUCAGGGACCUACUAAAGGAGUUUCCAGUCAAAGACAGGGUAGACAGGAGGGAGACCGGAGGGGGCCCCAGGUGGGGCAAGGACCAACAAAAGGCAUAUCAGGAAAUAAAGCGGGCCUUACUCACCGCUCCCGCAUUGGGACUCCCAGACCUAACUAAGCCAUUUGAACUGUUUGUGGACGAAAAACAGGGUUACGCAAAAGGGGUCCUAACUCAAAAACUGGGUCCUUGGAGACGUCCUGUAGCUUAUCUCUCGAAGAAGCUCGACCCAGUGGCUUCAGGAUGGCCGCCCUGCCUGCGAAUGGUAGCGGCAAUUGCAGUCCUUACCAAGGACGCGGGUAAACUAACUCUGGGCCAGCCAUUGACCAUCCUGGCACCUCAUGCGGUGAAAGCCUUGGUUAAGCAGCCUCCAGACCGUUGGCUCUCUAAUGCCCGCAUGACCCACUACCAAGCCAUGCUCCUGGAUACGGACCGGGUGCACUUCGGACCUGUGGUAACCCUAAACCCUGCAACCCUGCUCCCUUUGCCGGAGGGAGGGGCGAAACACAAUUGCCUCAACCCUGCUCCCUUUGCCGGAGGGAGGGGCGAAACACAAUUGCCUCGAGAUCCUUGCGGAAAUGCACGGGACCAGACCGGACCUGACGGAUCAACCCCUCCAGAACGCUGA